UAGAAUAACUAACAGACCAUCCGACCUGAACAUGACAGCAGCCCAGAAAGUAGCCGCUCAAGAGGUGGUCGAAAACAUCACCCUUUCCCCACAAGUCAUUCCAACCACAUCCGGACAACAUCCGAGAAUCGCCAGUGACACGUCCAGAAAGACUUUGCAAUAUCACGCAAAUCGGAAGUCACAAACUGGUAGGAGAACCGAGUCCCCCGAAAGCGCUGGCGGAGCUGGCAAUGGGAAUGGCAGGAAUAAGCGCGCCAGCCCCAGAGCAAGUUGGGACCAGAGGUCUCAAUGCCACCGAGAGAAGGUGGACAACAUGGAACCGCGGCAGAGCGCUCCGGUGGACAACGUCUCUCUGUUGCACAGUUUUCAUUCAGUGCAAGAUGAAUCUUCAUUUCCUGGCAGUGCAGAAGGAGUGAAAAAUCAUUUAUCAAGCAUGCCCUGUAUACGCCAAGGCAGUGGUGGGGAACGCGCGGAUGCAGGGCAGUUACAAGCUGACGGAGAUAUUGUGGAGGAUGUUAUAGGUGACGAGCUGGACGGUAAAUCCUCUUGCGGGUAUCGCUCGCUAAUUGAUCCUGGAGAUACCACGACUAUGGAUCAUGAACAAGUUCACGAUGCCCCAAAUGGAACGAUGUCUUACCCAAUUUUUACCUCCCCCGGGGAAUUGCAGUCAGAACCUCUCCACACGGGUAAGCACAAAGACAUUUGUCAGUUGCAGCCUCUGCCUUCCAGUGAGAACCUCAGUCAGUCAAUGUCUACCAAGUCCGUGAGUACAGAAUCCAGUACCUCUUCCGUAGUGUCGUCUGGGGCAUUGCCAUCUUCCGCCUCCUUUAUACCAGUAGACUGCAGAAGCGUGAGGUCGGAAGAACCAAGACACGGGGCAGAGCCCAGCAAUUCAAACAGGCAUGGGUUCAAGCAGGAUACCGCUGAUAUAUCUGAGGGCACGGGCGUGGGGGGAAGCAGGGAGAAUCGAGUGGCCCUCCUGCAAGCUCUACCGGCCGAGAAAGAUGAAGACGUCAGUCAGAUCAGGGAAGAACUAAUGAAACAGAAGCUCAUGAACCAGCAACUACUCAAAGGACAGUGCCUGGUGAUGUCUAUGAAUAGACUUCAUAAAGAGAGCAAUGAAGCUGGAGGAGUUGCAUUUCACACCAACAUGGGAGUACCAGUGCUGCAUCAACACAUAGAGCAUCUUAAGUGUCACCUCUCUGAUCUUCAAGAUGCCAAUGACAGCACCAUCAAUGAACUCACCAAGGCUGAUGAGGAAAUCUCCCAACUCAGAGGAGAGAUAGCUGAACUGAGAGCCAAACACACAGAGGAGCUACAAGCAGUCAAGGAAGAGAGUGACUACUUCAAAACUAAGUUUACCAGACUGUAUUGUGACGCAUCCCAGAACACCGCAAAGAGCAUCACAGACGACUUGCUGGAACAAAUCCAACAAUUGAGAACCGAGUCCCGCAAACUCAGGGAAGUCAUCCACAAACUAGAUGAAGAAAACCAUCAACUCAAAGAAAUUAUAUGGGAUCUCAAGCAACAAGACAAAUGGUUGUCAAAACAAUUCAAAGGAAAUAAGGGGGAUGCAGAAAUCACCAGAAAAGGCCACUGGACACUUUCAGGAACAAAGGCACUAGUGCGUAAGGGAGAGAAUGAGACUGUGUUGCAGCAAAUGUCUUCUGUACCACCGUGCUUACACUCCAUCUCCUCAUCUUCACAGAUCAGCUUUGAAUAUUUCAAUAUCGAAGACAAAAAUGGCCCAGUUAAAUCAAACCAGCAAGAGAGUGUAAUGACUUUCAAUCAGCGACUGAGAUCCCGUGAAGAUGUAUGCGUGGAGAGAUCUGCAAGUAGUUGUUCUUCGGAUUCAAUCGACAGCAACGACACCGAGGCUCUGCUGGCAUCUUGCAACGACGUCACCGAUGGCCAGCUUAUUAAUCCCAAGGUUCAUCACGGUGAAGCCAGUCUGCCAGAACUGGAUAGAUGGAGUGAAGAUGACAUGUCGUUUGUUCACCUAAACAAUCCCCACCAACGGUUCCACCACGAGCACUGCUCCAGUUCACCUCUCUGCAAAUUGUUAACUUCAUCAGUUGGUUUCAGCAGCAGUUGCCUCAACAGGAAAACAAGGGGCUUGGUCAACAAGGUGGUAUUGCCCCGACGUCCAUUUGCUCCCAGAGGCAUUGCAGAUCUGAAACUGGGGCACCUCGUUAAGUUCUCUCGGCCUGCCGGAAAGAUUGGCAAAGGAGUGAUCAGGUACCGGGGCCACCUCCCUGGACGGCAGGAGGCAUAUCUGGGCGUGGAACUGGAGGGCACUGAAGUCGGCCGGCACAACGGAACCUUUGAAGGAGUUCGUUAUUUCACUUGUAAACUGAACAAAGGUGUGUUCGUUAACUUCAGUAAAGUUAUCAUGGCCUGGGAAUAAAAAGAAGUUGGGACAAAUAAUUCUCAUGGAAGACAAAAGAAAAUUUCUAACAUAAAAUGACAAUGAGAUGAGUUUGGUUUGGAGAGAGACAAAAAAAUCCCACACACGGUACCUGCUUCAAUUGCAAACUUUAUGGUUUAUGUGUUCAAUGUACUUAAUGUUUGGCACUAAUAUUAACCUCUAACAUAUCUAGUUGUUGACCACCAUGUACCAUUCUCUGCACUGUGUAGUCAACAGUCUCUGACAAUCAUGUCUGCAGUCCAAUUGCACUUCCAGUAUUUUCCACUUUGGAACUAAUAUAUCCCCAUUCUUAAACAUUUACUAUCACUACAUAAGACCCAAACUGACAUUCAUAAACAUUUAAAGACAGAAUUGACAGCAUUUGCUUUUGUUUCCCUUUUUAGAUUUUCUUUGCUAUACUUAAAAUACAUUUGUAAAUAUUAGCCUAGAAAUUCCAGAGCUUGUCACUGACUGGCAAUUAAGCACAAGUAUGUCUUUGGUAAACCCACCUUCCUCACAGUGAUCUUUAAUGGUGAUUUCCUUUACUCCUACAGCAUUUUACAUCAAUUGAGUGAGGAGGGUUAGGGCAGAACAAUUGUUUUUCCUUGAAAAUACUGACAAAGUUCACUGCAAAGCUGCUUAAAAAAAAUAUAUUUUCUACAUUCAGAAACUAAUAUAAUUAAAAUAUUAAAUGCCAUGAAUUAUUCAUGAGUAUGAAUGAUUGCAGGUCUACCACUGAUUUUCUGGCAACUAGUGGUCUGGCAUCUUCUUUAAUCCAGACAAAAAUCACAAGAGAUGAUCGGGACUUCCGCAGCCGACUGGCAGGUUGAAUUUGAACCCUGCGGCCGGGGUCCUGGAACUCCGGCCUAGACGGAGCCGGCAGAUCCGUUCCCAUAGCCGACCUCCUUGGCUGUAUCUCGGCCCCUCGCGGGCCUAGGCGGACCGUUCCAGUACCGUUGGACUCCACUCAGAGGCCGUGACCUCGGUUGGUCUGGCAAAACGGAUAAACCAGAAAAGCUCUGGAACCAAAGGUGCCAGAGAAUCGUUGGUGGGCCUAUAAUUAAAAACUAAAGUUUUAAAAUAGCACAAAAUCAAAAGCAUCUCAAUUAUUUGAUUUACCAAAAACUCGGAAUGCUUUCUUUAUAGCUUUUUCUCUCCUUAUAAAUGAAUGGCUCUCACUGUUCCUGAGCCAGGUCAGGGUGUGUGAAUUGUGUAGGAAGGAUCUGCAGAUGCUGGUCUAUCUGUAAGCAAAUUGAUUUUGGAGUGUGUGUUGUCAUUAGAUUCCGUAAAGGAUUAGGCAAAUGAAGAGUGGGAAAUAAUUUCAGUCCUUUCAAGUCUAGACAAGACUUGCUACUGGCUGAUAUUUAAGAGGAAAGUCAAUUAUAUUUCCAAAUAGAAUGUUCACAAUUAGCCAAAGAUCCAGCCUUCACUUUAAAAUACAUCUUCUAACCUGGUGAGCUGUUUUACACUAAAAAUCAGCUCUCGCAAUAGAUUUUAUAUUCGAAUGCACGAGAAAAGUGACAUCUGUGUACUUCCCAAUUAAUUUUUUUUCCUCCGUGCAACACUAACAUUGAUUUUCAAUGCAAUUUUUGAAUAAAGAGGUAAGUCUGAUGUAGUGUUCAAUUUAUUAUGACUACAAUAGAUUAGCAGUGUCAAUCCGAUAAAUCAAAUCAUGUGCAGGAAGGAGCUGCAUAUAGACUCAAAAUGCUGGACAAUGGAGGAGGCCCAGGACAGAAAUGUCAGAUUGGGAAUGGGAGGGGAAGUUAAAGUGCUGAGCAACCGGGAGAACAGGCAGGUUAAGGCGGACUGAAUGGAGGUGUUCAGCUAAAUGAUCGCCAAGCCUGCGCUUGGUCUCGCCGAUGUACAGAAGUUGUACAGAAGACACCAGGAAGGUCUUAAAUUCUCACUCUGCACCUCCAUCCCUCACCAGGAAGGUCUUAAAGCCCCCCGUUUUUCCCCCGACCGUAGAAUCAGCUAAUUUCCGUCGACCAAUACUCUCCUCCGCCGAGCAGAGCUGGUCCUUACCCUCAACAACUUCUCCUUUGACUCCUCCCACUUCUUUCAAAUCCAAGGCGUAGCUAUGAGCACCCGCAUGGGCCCCAGCUAUGCCUUCCUCUUCGUUGGGUAAAUCAAACAAUCACUGUUCCAGGCAUACACUGGCCCUAUCCCCGAACUCUACCUCUGCUACAAUAACAACUGCAUUGGUGCUGCCUCCUGCACCCAUGCAGAACUCACUGACUUCAUCAACUUCACGACUAAUUUCCAUCUUGCACUCAAAUUCACUUGGACCAUCUACGAUGUCUACCUACCAUUUCUGGAUCGCAUCAUCUCCAUCACAGGAGACAGACUAUUGACCGACAUCUACUACUAUCCUACUGACUCCCAGAGCUAUCUAGACAACACUUCUUCCGACCCUGCUUCUUGUAAAGACCAUCCCCUACUCCCAAUUCCUCCAUCUACCCUGCAUCUGCGCCCAGGAUGAGGUACUCCUCAUUACAUCAUCAGAGAUGUCCUAAUUCUUUAGGAAACGGGGGUUCCCCUCUUCCAUUAUAGAGGAGGCUGUAACUAGGGUCUCUAUAUCCCGCAGCUCCGCUCUUACUCCCCCACCCCACAUUCGCAACAAGGACAGAGUCCCCCUUGUCCUCACCUUCCACCCCAUCAGCCAUCGCAUACAGUAUAUAAUCCUCCAACACUUUCGCCACCUCCAACGGGAUUCCACUACUGGCCACAUCUUCUCAUCUCCACCCCUUUCUAAUUCCCGCAGAGACCGUUGCCUCACCAAUUCCCUGGUCAACUAGUCCCUUCCCAUCCAAACCACCCCCUCCCCAGGUACUUUCCCCUGCAACCGCAGUAGAUGCAACACCUGUCCCUUUACCUCCCCCCUUGACUCCAUCCAAGGACCCCGACAGUCUUUGCAGGAGAGACAGAGGUUCACUUGCACCUCCUCCAACCUCGUCUACUGUAUCCGCUGUUCCAGGUGUCAACUCCUGUACAUCGGCGAAACCAAGCGCAGGCUUGGUGAUCGUUUCGCUGAACACCUCCACUCAGUCCGCCUUAACCUACCUUAUCUUUCGGGUCUCGACCCUUCUUUAGUCUCAACUGUUACCCAAAACGUCACCUAUUCGUUUUCUCCAGAGAUGCUGUCUGAACCACUGCGUUACUCCAGCUUUCUGUGUCUAUCUUUACAUCAAAAUCAUUAUUGACAUUAGCUAUUACGACUUGGAAUAAGAGGGAAAAUACAGUAGACCUUGGUUAUUACGGACCUCUUUAUAACGGAUUUCGGUUAUAGCGGACCUUCACCAGCAUGCCAGACUGCCCACACCAUCUCCCUGACUGCUUGCAGGUCAGGCUGCCAACGACACCCCCAUCUGCAGAAGGGCUCAACCCAGAACAUCACCUAUCCAUGUUCUCCAGCACUUUGUGUCUGUUUGUAUAUUAACCAGCAUCUGCAGUUCUUUGUUUCUACUACAUGUACAAUGAUACUAUAUUACUCAGUAAUCCCAUACUCGGUUAUAGCGGUCAAUCAGCAAAAACUGACGCCAUUCCCCUCCUAUGGUCCGUUAUAACAAGGGCUUAAUGCUUUGUCAAUUAUUCCUUUAUUUCAGCCAAUAUCCUUUAAAUCAUCCUGCUGUCACUUAAUUUGAUUGACAAUGUGAGGAAUGGCAUACAAUGGCAUAGAAAAGGCCUCGGCAUUAAACGUUAAAGGGCCAUUUCCCCACCUAUCUUUCCACAAUGCCAGAAAGUUGUCUCUUUCAAAGCAAUUACAUUGACAUUGGAGGCAGUGUGCAAACUCAAUAAAUAAAAUGAAACCGUGAUACUUCUGUAAAGAUUCAAAUAUCUCAUAUCAAUCACCAACCUCUGAACGUUUCAACCUGAGUUAACAUUAAUGGACCACUACAAAGUGGACUUCAGUCAGAAAAUACUAAAUCCUUACGUAGUUAUAAAUCUAAAGAAAGCAGACAAAUGGUUUCCAGUAAACAAGAUUUGCCAACCUUUGUGUAAUAAAUAUUUACAAAGGUAUGUUAUGGAGAGUAGGAACUGAUUGAUGGUGACAUGAACAAAUACAUUUAAGAUAGACUGUGAGAUUGUGGAUUGAUCUUCUGCUUCCAGCCCCUUAGAAGCACAAUUUCUCAUUUCAUAAAUUUGCCUUAAAUAUUCCCUCCAACAACUCAGUGCAGGACAUGUUUUUCAGUCACACAUGCCACAAUGUUUCCAAGCAAUAAUUACUGAAUAUUUUCUUCUCUUGCCAACUAACACAAAUACUUGACAGCAAUCCCCAGCCAUUGUACGUUUCAAUCUCCAUCCUAACAGUUGACCAUCACACAUUUUCACAAAAAAGUGGCAAUUCGUCAAAUUCUUGCAUUUCUUGACGACAUGUGCACUACCCGAAUUUGUGGCAUUCCAUUUCAGAUUUUGUUUGUGUGCAUCAAACAUCAGAUGAGUAUAAUCUGAGUUUACGAUAGACACAAAAUGCCGGAGUAACUCAGCGGGACAGGCAGCAUCUCUGGUUAGAAGGAAUGGGUGACAUUUCGGGUCAAGACACUUCCUUCUGAGCAUGAGCAUGGGCCAGGAUCACAAGUGGGUCAAAGUACAGACUAAACUCACCAUGCACCAUCAGUGUGCAUUUUCUGUACAUAAACUAUGUCAAUCCUGCAUUCUACUGCAUUGGAUCAACUUCUUCACAUUGUCAACCUACUGUGUGUACAUCAAGUCAAGAGAGUUUAUUGUCAUGUGACCCAUAUAGGACAUCCUCUGGUGCUUUCACUACUCCCUAUGAAAACAAUCAACUUAAAAAUCUAUGUUUACCAUACAUUGUAAUCAAUGCAUCUCUCAGUUGUUGGUGUCAUUGACAAAUAAUUUAAUAUUGGUUACAAUAAAGAUGCUCUAUCAAUCAAAUUUGGUGUUUUGCUGUGCAAGAUAUAUUAUAAAAAGAUGCCUUGAAAGUCACUAAUGUACCAUCACCAAGUUAUUCAUUUAAUAGGCCCAAUAGCUAAUUUCAUUUUUAUAGAAUUUUAUAGAUUCCUUACAUUUGAGGAAAAACCACUAAACCUUUAAUUAAACUUUACAUUUUGUUGUAAAUGGAUCAAUGUGUGUGCCAGUCUGUUUUACAUAUAGUUGUUGAUAAAAUAAAUCUUCUCAAUGAACGGUUAAUGAAGGAUUUUUGAAGAAAUGAUGUAGAAUCUUUUGUAUUGAUUCAUUAAAUUAAGUUGAUUGAGAUCAUUUUUUUUGUUUGCUUUUUAAAAAAAACCUGCAUCGUAUAAAUAAUAAAAACAUAACAUUCAUGUAUUUUGUCAUUUAAAAAAACUGCACAGUUAUUAAUUCAGAUUAAGUCAUUUUGAUGGAAAGAACAAGUGAUUUUACCACAGUCAUAAUAGGGACUUGUUAACCAGUGGCUGUGACUGAUUUGCCUCACAGACAUAUGCUACUACUGCCGCGGCUGGUCGCAAAAGUAAGUCAGUGUCAGGAACUAUAAUAACUUUGACCCUUCAAGAUGUACCAAAUCAAGGUUUCAGGGUUUCAAGGUCAGUUUAUUGUCACAUGUACCAAUUAAGGUUCAGUGAAAUUUGAAUCACCAUACAGCCAUAUUAAAAAACAAGACCCACAACUACAUAAAAGUCAACAUAAACAUCCACCACAGCGGAUUCCCUAUGUUCCUCGCUGUGAUGGAAGGCAAUAAAGCCCCAACCUCCUCCUGCUUCAGCAAAGUGAAGAUACAAUUCUCACCUUUUAGGACACAGAGUAGACUUUAGAGAUACAGCUGGGAAACAGCCCCUUUGGCCCACCGAAUCAGUGCCGACCAGCAAUCACCCUGUACACUAGCACUAUCCUAUACACACUAGGGGAAAAUUUACAAUUCUACUGAAGCCAAUUCACCUACAAACCUGUUCGACCUGGGAGUGUGUGAGGAAACCGGAGCACACGGUGAAAACCCAUGUGGUCACGGGGGGAACGUACAAACUCCGUACAGAUAGCACCGACAGUCAGGAUCGAACACAGGUCUCUGGCGCUGUAAGGCAGCAGCUCUACCGCUGCACCACCGUGCCGCCCCUACAUCCCCUGCUGUUCCAGGAAGACCAAAUUAAAAUCACAUACUGCUGUGCAUUCUCCGACUUCCCUUCUAACUUAAUUAGGCUGCUGGCAAAGCGACAAUAACUUCAUUGCUGCAGAUUGUAGGACAAAGGCCAGAAAGGAACACACAAGGUAUGAGACAAAAGGGUUAGAGACAAAAGUAAGUUAAUAAUGCCUUACUUUUGAUGAAAUUCAGCGAGUAAACGCGAUAAUUCCCGAUAUUUUAGACCUUUAAAUAUCCACGGCAAAUGUCGGCUGUUCACUUCCGCCGGUUUGGCACCUUCAGCUCCCUCUUGAAUUUACCUUACUUGCUAUCUUUUUUUUUCCCUGUAAAUCUAGGUAGCUGUGCCUCACGGUCACCCCGACUGGCACAGUAAAUUGCAGCUCACAACCUCGCCGUUUUCUAUGUUUUUAACGGGUGGGAAAAUGCGUUUUUUCCCAUCCACUAACAUGUACCGGAACCCUCGAGUGUCCUCCACUUGAGAAUUUUGGUCACGUGGGUGCGGAUCUACGCUCCAGUGACCUU